UAUACUUUUAACAACCGACUUUCGAAUCGACCUCAUUAUUUAUUUUAUUGGUUAAUUAAUGAAUCAAAUCGCUUUAGCAACUAUUUAUUUCAGAAAAUUUUACUGAAUGGUAGGGGCAUCUUCCCGUCUACUGGCUUAGACUACCAUUUACUCUAGAGGGACGCCGAGCAUGAUCGAGAAUGUACCAUGUGUAACCAUCAGAUGACGUUAUAUACUUGAUCACAGUUUAUAAACAAUUGUCAGAACGAUCUAUUAAAUGUUGAAAUAAAAUACUUUCCUAAUUUGUAUAUUUACAAUUUACGAUAAUAAAACUCGGAACCUAUAACACAAACUAUAAGAUUACCUCAUGAUAUCACACGAUACGUCUUGUAGUAUUCUUGUUGGUUAACCUUCAAAUGUUUGCCACAUUGUUGCUAAAGAUAUUUUGACAAUAAUUCUAUUUUUAUUUAAUCCUUCAUGUGCUCGGUAUCAAAGGCAAGUGCUCUAAAUUUAUUUACUCGAUGCCCUGGCUUGUACUGUGGAAGGGAAUUAUUGUCUGAUGGCAAUUGGAGUGACUGUGGUGCAUGUCCUCGAGGAUUUAGGGCAAAUGCAUCAUCAAUAUGUGUACCCUGUGAUGAUGAGCCAAUAUUUUAUGACUGGCUGUAUCUUGGGUUUAUGGUAUUGCUAGCAUUAGUAUUACAUUGGUUUUGUAUUGACAUGAUAUCUAUGAGACGUAAUAUACCCAAGGAAGUGAUUGCAUUACAUUUAUCUGCUUUAGUUGAGGUUGUUGCUGCAUCAGUCAUUACAUUACAGUUAACAGAUCCUAUAGGUACAUUUGCAGUAAGAUCAUGUAGAGCCACAAAACUUUCAGACUGGUACACAUUACUGCAUAAUCCUAGCCCAAAUUAUGAAGAGACUCUACAUUGUACACAAGAAGCAGUUUAUCCUCUGUACACUAUGGUCUUUGUUUUCUAUGCCUUGGGGACUGCUAUUAUGUUAUUGAUAAGGCCCUUGAUAGCUAAAAAAUUUUUACCAAAACAAGGGAAAUUUUCGAUUUAUGCUGCCCUUUAUUUCUAUCCCAUUCUUGCAUUGUUACAUGCAAUUGGUAGUGGUCUAAUAUAUUAUUCAUUUCCAUACAUAACAAUAACAUUAUCUGUUUUGUCUAAUGCAGCACAUUUUGCAUUCAAAUUAAACCAGACGAUGAAAUCAUUAUUAUUAAGUUCCAUAUCAGACAUGAAGAAUAUAAUAGUUAUUUUAGGUCACUGGCUAUUACAUGGAUAUGGUGUAGUCGCGAUAGCGACUCUUCGUGGAUUGAAUUUUCAUCCAGCUAUGCUUACUUUAGUUCCUUUGCCAGCAUUAUUUUAUAUUCUUACAGCAAGGUUUACAGAUCCGCAUAAACUUCACAUCGAAUAAACAAUAUUGUAAAAUAAAAAGUGGCGAGUUCAU